AUGGAAUUAGGCGAGAAUGGAUUCGAUCCAGUACUUCCUCCGUUCGAGAUGUGGCAAACGAUAUUGAUAGCGAUAUGUUUGGCGAUUUGCAUAAUACUUACCAUUGGUGGGAAUAUUUUAGUGUUACUGGCAUUUAUAGUUGACCGAAGUAUUCGACAGCCAAGUAAUUACUUCAUUGCAUCUCUUGCCGCUACUGAUAUGCUUAUAGGAACUGUCUCGAUGCCGUUCUACACUGUGUACGUUCUCAUGGGUUAUUGGGACCUGGGUCCAUUAUUGUGUGAUUUAUGGCUAUCUGUAGAUUAUACUGUAUGUUUGGUGUCACAAUACACUGUUCUACUCAUCACAAUUGAUCGUUUUUGUUCGGUAAAAAUUGCUGCUAAAUAUCGAAGCUGGCGUACAAAAAAUAAAGUUAUCUGGAUGGUGACAAUCACGUGGAUCAUACCAGCUCUAUUAUUUUUUAUUUCUAUUUUCGGGUGGGAACAUUUUGUGGGAUAUCGAGAUUUACUUCCUGGAGAAUGUGCUGUGCAAUUUUUAAAGGAUCCUAUUUUUAAUACUGCAUUGAUUAUUGGAUACUAUUGGACCACGCUGGUAAUACUGUUUGUUUUAUAUGGAGGAAUAUAUAAAACAGCUUACGAUAUGCAGAAGAAGAGCGAAGCUAAACAGCGAAAAAUGCAAUCUAUGGUGGCAUUGGGGAAUGCCAUGACUGGUUUGGCAGGUCAAACUGGAGGGAUUGGAAUCUCCAAAACACAGAGCACUUUAUUGAGUCAAGAUAAACCACUGCCAGUAACAUCUGCAUCAAACGUAAUCAUUCCUCCAGUACUUUCGUUGACUGUUAAUCAGCUUCAGAAAGAAGAAACAUUGUGCAGCAAUAAAAGUUCUGAUUCUAAAUUGAAUAAAGAACAGUGUGAUGAAAAUAAAAAAGAUGAAAGAGAAGGAGACAAGAGUGAGCGCUCAAGUAGUCCAGCAUUUGAUUCCGAUGAUGAGAGCUCGGCUCAGAAUAAGCAACAUCAAGAUGAUAUGAUAAUUACUAAAAAAAGAACCUCUUUAGCUGGUUUGCUAGUCGGAGCAUCCGCCACUGUUUUGUCUAACAGAUAUAACGGGGCUGUUUUGGAAAAGCCUAUAAGUGUGCCUGUGUGCGAUUCGGUAAAAGCUAAAAGAUCACCAAUUAGUCAAACAAAAAAUGAAGGAUUACCAAAAAUUACUGAGACGAACCUGAUUGAUACAGAUAAUACAAAUACGAAUUCUCACGUUAGUCCCCUAAAGCCAACCCCAAUACAAUCCCCUAUCUCACCUAUUGACAUCGAGCCACUGGUAAUUGCAAAAUCAGAGAGGAUUGCCGAAAUUAGUCAUACUAUUCUUACACCACCAUACGGAUUUCAGGAAAGUCCAAUGAUCUCUGAAAGUUCACCGUCCAAGUCUGACAGGCCACAUAGCUUAAUGAGUCAUGGCGAUUCGACUAUCACCUUUGAUGCAGUAGUUGGAAUGGAUGGUGCAGAUCUUCGUUUCAUGGAUGAAAGUUCAGUCAUGGUUUCUUCACCGCAGUAUGAGAGUCCACCAUCAGCUUUUGCGAUAAUACAACCACGGUCCCCUGCUCACGGCGUAGGGCAAAAUAUCGCUAAUCCUUCUCUAUUGCAAAAAGCUCUUAUUCGAGCGACUGCUCAGUCAAAGCAACCUCCACCAACUGUUCUUUUGCGAUCAGUUGACGUAUUUCCACUUUCGCCAACUGGACAAUUGAGCCAAAAUACGAUAGCUCAUGCUACACAAGCAAUGAAUAAAUACUGUGCAACGGUCACCGUUGUAUCUCAAAACUCAGAUAGAGCAGUAACCGUUUUAAAUGAUUCUGUUACGAACAAUCCUAAUAUUGUGCCCGUCUCUCAAGUAUCUGUUAAGCCUGAGACCGCGAGUCCUAAAAUAAUAACACAGUCGAGACUCCCGGAUGAUCCGUUGGCAACUGUGGAGCCAAAGAAUACCACGUCGGCAAUUGUUUCAGGUGAGGUACUGGCGCGUACUGCAAAAUCGACUGGUAACAGUAGUCCAGCGAUGGCUGUAUCGUCAGAGCAACCAAACGUUCCAACUAGUAACACUACCGUACACACGCAAGUUUCGUCCUCCACUAAUAAUACACCAAGCGGUACAACGAUCGCUCUUAAUACCCGUUUAGAACGGCAAGCUUCCAGCAAGCGAGAUUUCAUUCGAUCGAUCGGUAAAAGACUGAAAGGAAACAAAAAAACCGAUCAUGUAGGAGCAAUGGGUCGACAAAAGUCCAAGUCGGAAAAUCGGGCUCGUAAAGCUUUCCGGACAAUUUCUUUCAUUUUGGGAGCAUUUGUAGCUUGUUGGACACCAUAUCAUAUACUAGCGUUAGUGGUAGGAUUUUGUUCGGAUCCACCUUGUAUUAACGAACACUUGUUUAUGUUUUCCUAUUUUUUAUGCUACGCCAAUAGUCCUAUGAACCCUUUUUGCUAUGCUCUCGCUAAUCAGCAGUUUAAAAAGACUUUCACUAGGAUUUUGCGGGGCGAUUUACACAUGACAUAA